CGGAGAGGCGCAGUGACCCGCCCCGGGCCCAGCGGGCGGAGCCCGUGUGUGAACCCGGCGCUCCGGUGUGGGCGGGUCCGCGGUGCCCUCCCCGGGCCACCCUGCGGGGUCACUUUGCUGGGCCCACCUCCCCAGGUCACUUGAGCGCAGGCAGGCACUGGUGCGCCAGGUCCCAGUCGGUGCAGCGGGGUGGCCCCUGCUGGCCAUUCCUUCAGCCCCACUGGCCCGGCCUGAGUAGAGGUAUUGAGAAUCUUCCCUGCGAGCUGCAGAGGAACUUCCAGCUGAUGCGGGAGCUGGACCAGAGGACUGAAGAUAAGAAGGCAGAGAUCGACAUCCUGGCCGCAGAGUACAUCUCGACCGUGAAGACCCUUUCUCCCGACCAGCGCGUGGAGCACCUUCAGAAGAUCCAGAGCGCCUACAGCAGGUGCAAGGAGUACAGCGACGACAAGGUGCAGCUGGCCAUGCAGACCUACGAGAUGGUCGACAAGCACAUCCGAAGGCUUGAUGCGGACCUGGCACGCUUCGAGGCCGAUCUGAAGGAUAAGAUGGAGGGCAGUGACUUUGAGAGCUCUGGAGGACGAGGGUUAAAAAAAGGUCGGGGUCAGAAGGAAAAAAGAGGCUCCCGGGGCCGGGGCAGGAGGGCAUCGGAAGAUGAUACUCCCAAGAAAAAGAAGCACAAAGGAGGGUUGGAGUUCACCGACACCAUCCUGUCAGUGCACCCCUCAGAUGUGCUGGACAUGCCAGUGGACCCCAACGAGCCCACGUACUGCCUGUGCCACCAGGUGUCCUACGGGGAGAUGAUCGGCUGCGACAACCCCGAUUGUCCGAUUGAGUGGUUCCACUUUGCCUGUGUGGAUCUUACCACGAAACCGAAAGGAAAAUGGUUCUGUCCACGGUGUGUCCAGGAAAAGAGGAAGAAGAAGUAAGGAGGAGGCCGUGCGCCCCGGAUCAGAAGAGCAAGUUAAUAUAUUCCUUCAUUCAUGUUGCAAUAUUUUAUCUUCAUCUUAAAACUA